AUGCUGAUUGGUCGUCUCAUUCCACAGACCGUCCGAUUUCUCCGAUUUCCUUUUCACGUCACAUUCCCAACACCUCCUUCUCUCCUUCCCAAAUCUCCGGUUUGGGUCCCAGCCUCCUGCCCCGGCCGCCGCCCCAUCCAUGCUCUAGCCCAUCCGCUGUGCUCCCUUGACCGCGGCCUCCCCCUCUCCCCCGUCUCCCCCAUCUCCCCCAACAUGACCGAGCAGAGGUUCAUCGUGGAGUACGCCAAGCGAGGCACGGCCGGCUGCAAGAAAUGCAAGGACAAGAUCGCCAAAGGCAUCGUGCGCAUCGGCAAAGUGGUGCCCAACCCCUUCAGUGAGUCGGCCGGAGACAUGAAGGAGUGGUACCACGUCAAGUGCAUUUUCGAGAAGCUGGAGCGGGCACGAGCCACCACCAAGAAGAUCGAGGAUAUCACAGACCUGGAAGGAUGGGAGGAGCUCCAGGACGAAGACAAGGACAUCAUCAACAAGCAUGUGGCAGAUCUGCUGACUAAGAUCAAUGCCAGUCCCAAGAAGAAGGUUCAGUCCAAGAUGAACACCAGUGCUCAGUCUGACCCCAGCACUAACGCACCGCGCAAGUUCUCUGGCUUCACUGCAGCUAAAGCCUCCCCCUCUCCCCCCACCGCUGGUCCCUCCUCCUCCUCCCCGGUUCAGGGCAGUGCUCUGUCGGCUCGCCUCUGUGACCCCACCCACAAAGACUGCCUCCUCAGAGAGUUCCGGAAACUGUGUGCGAUGGUGGCAGAGAACGCCAGCUACAACACCAAGACCCAGAUCAUCGAGAGGUUCCUCCGAAAGGGCUCCGCAGGAGAUGGUUUCCAUGGAGACCUGUUCCUGACGGUGAAGCUGCUGCUUCCUGGUGUAGUGAAGAGCGUCUACAACCUGAACGACAAACAGAUUGUCAAACUCUUCAGCCGCAUUUUCAGGUGUAACCAGGACCAGAUGGUGCGGGACCUGGAGCAGGGCGACGUGUCGGAGACCGUAAGGAUGUUCUUCGAUGACAGUCAGACCUUUCCUCCUUCGGCCAAAAGUCUCCUGACGCUGCAGGAAGUGGACGCCUCUCUGACCCGCCUGGCCCAGCUCACCAAGGAGGACGACCAGCAGACUGAACUGGAGGCUAUUGCUAAGAAAUGCACCAGUAACGACCUGAAGUGUAUCAUUCGUCUGAUCAAACACGACCUGAAGAUGAACGCAGGAGCAAAACAUGUUCUGGACGCUGUGGACCCAAACGCCUACGAUGCCUUCAAAGCCUCCAGGAACCUGGGAGACGUGAUCGAGAGAGUCCUGAAGAACCAGCAGGAGGCGUCUGGCUCCGGGACCAGGAAGCUGCUCACCAUUGAGGCUUCUCUCAUGACACCAGUGCAGCCCAUGCUGGCAGAGGCCUGUAAGUCUGUGGAGUAUGCCAUGAAAAAGUGUCCUAAUGGAAUGUACUCUGAGAUCAAAUACGACGGGGAGAGAGUCCAGGUCCACAAGAGCGGAGACACCUUCAGCUACUUCAGCCGCAGCCUCAAGCCUGUGCUGCCCCACAAGGUGGCUCACUUCAAAGACUACAUCCCGGAGGCGUUUCCAGGAGGACACAGUAUGAUCCUGGACGCUGAGGUUCUGCUCAUCGACACAAACACCAGCAAACCCCUGCCCUUUGGGACUCUAGGGGUCCACAAGAAAGCUGCUUUCCAAGACGCCAACGUGUGUUUGUUUGUGUUCGACUGCAUCUACUUCAAUGGAGUCAGCCUCAUGGAGCGACCUCUGUGUGAGCGUAGGAAGUUCCUGGUGGACAACAUGGUGGAGGUUCCGAACCGCAUCUUGUUCUCUGAGAUGAAGCACGUCACAAGAGCUGCAGACCUGGCUGACAUGAUCACCAGAGUCAUCAGAGAAGGUCUGGAGGGUCUGGUGCUCAAGGACCUCAAGGGCUCCUAUGAACCAGGGAAGCGCCACUGGCUGAAGGUGAAGAAGGAUUAUCUGAAUGAAGGAGCGAUGGCCGACACUGCAGACCUGGUGGUUCUGGGGGCUUUCUACGGCAAGGGCUCCAACGGUGGCAUCAUGUCCAGCUUCCUCAUGGGAUGUUUGGAUCCUGAGUCUGGGAAGUGGUGCACAGUCACCAAGUGCUCAGGAGGCUACGACGACGCUAUGCUAGCACGGCUACAGAAGGAGCUGGACAUGGUUAAGAUCAGUAAGGAACCAGGGAAGAUUCCCGGUUGGAUAAAGAUUGUGAAGAACUAUUACCCCGACUUCAUUAUCCGAGACCCUAAGAGCGCCCCCGUGUGGGAGAUCACAGGAGCAGAGUUCUCCAAGUCUGAGAUGCACACAGCAGACGGCAUCUCCAUCCGCUUCCCACGAAUGACUCGAGUGAGAGACGAUAAGGACUGGAAGACUGCCACCAACCUGCCCCAGCUGAGGGAGCUGUUCCGUAUCUCCAAAGAAAACUGUGACUUCCAGGUGAGUGCAAGGCCCUCAGAGAUCAAAGAGGAGAGGGGCUCCUCAGGAGGAGACUCCCCCCCUCCCAGAGCCCCCCCCAAGACCACGCCCAAAGCCAAGGCCAAGCCCAAAGCUCCUCCCAAAGCCACGCCCCCAGCGCCAAAGAGGAAGAGUCCCAGUUCUCCCAGUGUUGUGCCUAAAGCUGUGAAGUCUGAGCCGCGGACUCCAGAGUCUGAGGCCAAGAAGGUGAAGACUGAGCCCCACACUAACGGACAGAGCCAUCCCAGAGGUUCUGCUCAGCUGCUGGAGGCCUCUCAGGACCAGACGCUUCUGGACGUCUUCAGUGGUGUGAAGCUGCACCUGUCCUCCUCCCUCCAGGACUUCCACAAACUCAGGAGGUACUUUGUGGCCUACGACGGAGACCUGGUACCAGACUACGACCGCUCCUCUGCCACUCACAGCAUGGGGGAGGACCAGGACCAGGACCAGUCUGUGGAGAGAGUGUCCCCCCGCUGGCUGUGGGAGUGCAUCCGCAAGAGACGCCUGGUGCCCUCCUGCUGA